AUGAAGUUUACCAUUGCUGCUACUGCCUCGCUUAUGGCAUUCACCGUCUCUGCCACGCCUCUUGAGGUCCGCCAGUCCAACCAAGUCACCGUGGCUCUGUCCAACGACCAAUCUGGAGCCUAUGCUGGCGUGACAUUCCAAGCCGAUGACACUGAUAAGAGCAUCUUCUCCCUCUUCAGCGGUACAUCUGUUGGGGCAGGCGGUACUGUCAAGGCAACCGCCGGCCAGCUCACCAACUUUCCGCAAUCCAUCAAUUGUGUCAUCACGAACAAUGGUGCUACCAUUGGUACCUUCACUGCUCUGCAAACGUAUUUGGAUUUUGAUGGAAGCUCCGAUGCCGCUAUUCCAAUCAAUCUUAACAAUGCUAAGAUUCACUGCCGUGUUUAA